UGUUAGCUGUUUAGCUAGCUGUGUAGUAGCUGUGCGUACAACACUGUUUCAUUUGAAUACAUCUAAAUAAUGCUUGGAUUAUAAACCUUAAGGGGUUAUAUUUACACCAUUAUCAUAAACAAUGCCCAAUUUCUGCGCGGCUCCAAACUGCACCCGGAAAAGCACGCAGUCUGAUCUGGCUUUCUUCAGGUUUCCAAGAGACCCUGAGAGAUGUAGGCUUUGGGUGGAGAAUUGUCGCCGUGCAGAUCUUGAAGAGAAGACUCCUGAUCAGCUCAAUAAACAUUACAGACUAUGUGCAAAGCACUUCGAACCAGCGAUGAUUUGUAAAACGAGCCCUUAUAGGACGGUGCUGAGAGAUACUGCUAUACCUACCAUUUUUGAUUUAACCAGCCACCUCAGUAAUCCACACAGCAGACAUCGGAAACGCAUCAAAAUUUUGACAGAUGAAGAGGUACAAAAAAUCAAAGAGCGAAGAUUGGAGUCUUCAUUAGAGCACAUGCUCUCAAAAAAGGAUAAAGGUGCUGGCGAGGAUGAGACAGAGGCUGAUGAUGUACCCCAGCUGACUGCUCAUCAAAAAGAACUAAGAGAGUUCUUAAGGUCUUUACUUGAGGUGAUUGUUUUAAUAGGAAAACAAAACAUCCAAUUGAGUUACCAAUCAAAAGAAGAGCCGUUUAUCAGGAGCACAUUUCAGGCUUUGCUGGAAAACCGCAUUAAUGCUGGUGAUGAUGUUCUCAGAGCACGGUUUGAAGGAGCAGCUGUUAAUGAGGAAUUUUGGCCCAAAGUACAGCAAAAGCAACUUAUGGAUGUUUGCGAGAAAUGCGUCCGAGACGAGCUUCUGCAGGAAGUCAGGGAAAGCCGUUUCUUUUCACUAGUGACCGGGGAGCUGGUUGAAUUUCCAGAAGGUCAGCACAUCCCAGUUUUCCUGCGUUUUGUGGACCAAAGCAACACUCUCAGGGAGGAGUUUGUAGAGUUUCUCUUAUUUGAAGGAGAGGAGCAACCUAUGGCGGACAAAUUGGAGUCUCACAUCAUAAAGGAAUGGGAUCUGAGCAUGGAACACUGCAGAGGUCAGGCACAUGCAGGUUCUGGUGUCUUUGGCAGUAAGAUGAAAACUGUAGCCAACCAGCUGAUGGAGAAGUACCCAAUGGCCAUGAACACACCAUGUGCAACUUAUGCACUUAAUGUUCACCUAGCUAACAGUAUUCCACUAACUGGUGUUCAAGUUGUAAUGUCGGUUCUUAAAAAGACAGAUGCCUUCUUUAAGGCUUCUCCACUUCUGCAGGUUGAACUAGACAGCGCAAUCACCAUUCUCUCUCAGGGCAAUGUAGAGAAAGGAGAAGAUCUCAAGGAGAACUGUCGUGCCAACUGGACAGAGCUGCAUAAUGUGUUUGAGAUGGCUGUCGAUUUGUUAGAGCCGCUACUGCUCUGCAUGGACAGCAUACAUGACAACGAAGACUGGAAAUGGAACGACCAGUUCACCAGCGAUGCUUAUGCCAUCUCUGAGGCUUUGGCAGACUUCGAGUUUGUGGUUACCCUGGUUGUGAUGAAGAACGCGCUCUCGUUUACAAGAGCUUUUGGUAAAAACUUGCAAGGAGAGACUCUUGAUGUGUAUUUUGCAGCCAGCAGUCUUACAGCUGUUUUGCAUUCUUUGCAUGAGGUUCUUGACAACAUUGAAGUUUAUCAUGAGUUCUGGUUCGAGGAAGCUGUAAAUCUGGCCACAGCCAUGGAGAUCCCAGUAAAAGUGCCCAGAUUGUUUCUCAGAAAGCAACGAGCAAUUGAACAAGUUGAAAUACAGGCCGAGUCCUUUUACAAAGAAUAUCUAACACUUCCGGUCAUGGAGCACAUCACUCAGGAAGUAAAGGACAUGUUCUCAGAUAACCUUAUCAGGGCUCUUAAGUGCCUGUCUCUUGUUCCAGCAGUCAUGGGCCAGAUGAAAUUUAACACCUCGGAAGAAGCCCAUGCAGACAUAUUCAGAAGCGAUCUCCCUCAGCCGGACACACUGCCUGCAGAGCUUCACUGCUGGAGGAUCAAAUGGAAACACAGGGGAAAGGAAGUCAACCUGCCGUGCACCAUUCAUGAAACGCUGCAGCACUCGGAUGUCAAGUUCUUCCCAAAUGUCAACGCGUUCCUGAGGAUUUUGGCAUCCUUACCUGUAUUAACGUUAGGGGGUCAGGGAGGCACCGGACAGAACCGCCUACAGGCUUACCUUUCAGACACGCCAGUGAGGCACAGGUCGAAGAGUUUAGCUGUGCUGAAUAUUAAUUACCAUGUUAAAACAGAUCUAGAUGAAAUGGUUGAAUGUUAUAUAAAAAGUUACCCAGGAGAAGAGAGUGUUUAAAUGCCUUUUCAGAGACUCAACAGUGGAAAUCAUCUCUGAAACACGCUGUGCUUAUGAGCAUAGGGUGGAUUAAAUUAUUUAUAUUUUUAUAAAUAGUGUAUUUAAUUUUUAUAUUUUGCAGGAUUGUAUUAUUUUUCUGUGUCCAGUAGUCAUUAAAAUGUUAAAAUGUAUUUCUAUUGUUUUAUAUACUUUAUCAGCCUAAAUGUGAUUAAUCAAAUUCAUAAUAAAUCGGUGUGUAUAAUUUCCACCUGUGUAAAACUGGACUAACAUGUGGAAGUGGAAAAGGGUAAACAGUCUAAAAAAUCAUAAAACAUAUUGCAUUGUUUUUAAUUCUCUACUUUAUUUACAAAAUGAAAUAAAUGAAUUGGUUUUAAUAUAAAA